AAAUCUUAAGUAACCAAAACAAUCAAUACUAACCCUGGGAUGGGAGUGUGAAAAUAACAGUGGCCCAAAAGAAAUUCGCGGAAAAUUUCCCAAUAAGAUAAAAACGAGGCGUCACGGAAUUGAAUUUAUAUGAGUAGAGUAAACCAACCCACCGACCCAAAGAAGAUGAGCAAUAAAAAGAAGAAAGCGAACUUAUCCAGUUCCUUUCAUGUGGAGACUUAAUGUUUGACUGGCAGUUACGACCUAUGAAAGCCCGCCCCCUGUUUUCUUCAACUACCAUUUUGAUAAAACAGGAGAAAGAGCUUCUGUUGAGCCCAUAAACUCCCAAAAUAUCUGAUAAAUAGAGAGAGCACUCUCUGCUUUUUCCAACCACUGCAAAUUAUCUGCCCUGUUUUGUAAAACCCAAGACAAUGGCUGAGGCAAUGGAAAACGGAACUGGCACUGACAAGAAGGUGAUGAUGGCCAUUGAUGAAAGCGAUUGCAGUCACUAUGCUCUCAUGUGGGUUCUUGACAACCUCAAAGACUCCAUAACCAAGUCUCCCUUGAUCAUCUUCGUGGCUCAGCCUCCUGCCACCGGAAAUAUCACAUUCGCUGCGCCUCUCGGCGUUGCUCGCAUGUAUUACCCUAUUUCAUCCACUCCGGGUUAUGUUGAAUCUGCCCAGGAGAAUCAUAGGAAGUUUGCGGUGGCUCUAUUGGAGAAAGCUAAACAGAUAUGUGCCAGUUAUGGGGUAGAGGCAAAGGUAGUUACAGAGAUUGGAGAUCCUAAAACAGCCAUAUGUGAUGCUGUUGAAAAACACAACAUCAAUUUGCUUAUUCUAGGGGAGCGUGGACAUGGAACAAUCAAAAGAGCCAUACUUGGCAGUGUCAGCAACUACUGCGUUCAAAAUGCCAAGUGCCCCGUUCUGGUUGUGAAGAAAGCACAAGUUCAAGUUGCUUGACAUGAUCCAGAUUUCGGGAUGUAAAUAAUAUUGCAUAAUUAAGAAGAAUGUACUGUGACAUAUUAAUUGUGUUUAGAUAUGGAUGAUUCUGGUAUCCGGUGAACGAUGGCGCAUAUUCAAGCCAUUUUCUAUUAGAUUUUGUUGGAAUUUUAAAAAAGUUUUUAAAAA